AAAAUGCAGCCUCCACCGAAGACUUACUCCUGGUUGCUCCUCUUGCUCGUCCUUUUGGGCAUUAGCCUGGCCAGGACCGCGCCGCGGCAGGCGACAAGUACCUACGUCGUUCCGAUGUCUUGGAACGAUCUACUUGGGACGUUCAAUUUCCCAGAGCCGCAGGAAAAGUCCCAGGAGAUUCCCGAGCCGCGUGCGUUCUCUGUGAGUCUGGAUGACAUGAGUCCCGGUGGACAGCAGGCGGAUGAUCUGCAGCAGGUGGUCCUGUUGACCAGUGGACUGACUCCCGCCCAGAUUGCCCAGCGUAGUCAGGGCCGGAACAAUGAGGGCAGAUUCUUUGGACGCGGCGGCGGCACCACCGUGGUGGUGAUCACCGGAGGUGGCGCUGCCAACAACACUAACAACAACAGUUUUGUGAGCACUCCUGCCAGCACAACCACAACGGGCACUCGAACCUCGGAGUUUAUCCGGACGCCAAUUGCGUACCCGGCAGGAUUGCCCAUGCAGUAUUUCCGUAAGCGGCAGGACGACGGAUCUUCGAUGUCGUAUCCGGAGUUCCUCCGCUGGAACGAGGCGGCUUUCUACGGCGGAGAUUUGGGUUUGAGCGGCUCCAAUGGGGGCUAUAGUCUGCCGGGCGUCCCCUUGGUGCCGAUCACCGUUGGCAACGAGGUGCGGUAUGUCCCAAUGAAUCUUCGCAUGCUCCGGCAGCUUGUCGGUGAUCCCACGUCGGUUGCUCCCCCUCCACCGCCGUCCAUCAGGGAGCAGGAUGAUCAGCUGGAGGACGACGACAUAUCCGCCUUGGGCUUGGGCCCCGAACUGGAAGUUCUCGACGAGAGUCCCAAUGACGGAGGCCAAGAGGUCGCAGGUUCUGGUCACUCGGUCGCCGAUUCACCCGGCUUCGGAAUCCUUGGCCAGCGGCUGCGACAACGUCCUUUGGUCAGGAGGCGACCACUGCAGACACUGGCCCAGAAUAUUCGCCGGGUGCAGUACGUCAGGAAGUAAUG